AUGGCGCCCGAGUCGAACGAUGAGCGUGAUGAAAGAGUCGCGCGACUCUGGGAAACCUUGGACACGCGAAAGGAGGGCCACGUCGAUCUGUCCGGCUUGAAGAAGGGCCUCAAGAAGAUCGAUCACCCUUUGAAAAACGCGGAUGACUUGCUGCGCAGCAUUCUAGUCGAGGUCGAUACCAAUCACGAUGGCCAGAUAGACUAUGCCGAGUUCCGAACGUUUAUCAACCAAACCGAGUCCGGGCUCUGGCAGAUGUUCCAGAGCAUCGACCGUAACCACAACGGAGAAAUCGACAAAGCUGAACUGCGGUCCGCCUUUUCUCAAUCUGGAGUUACGGUGUCGAAUGCGAGGCUGGACGAGUUUUUCGCCGAGGUCGACAAAAACAGUGACGGAGUAAUCACCUAUACGGAAUGGAGGGACUUUUUACUCUUUAUGCCCCUUCGAUCACCGUCGGAUCUUCACGCAGUUCUCUCGUAUUACACGGCCACGGGCAACUUAAACCCGGAAGGAGAUGUCCACAUCAAUGACCUGCAGGGUUUAGGUACAGACCUCAAUUUUCUUAUUCGUCUUCCCUCGGCCGUUUCGGCCAUCUUGUACAAUAUCUUUUCCCUCCACAUCAUCUCUUCACUUCUUCCUUCCGCACACGCUCAAUCCAGCUCGACCUCCACUACUUCCGGCGAAGACCUUGUCCCGGUAGACAGUGAGCUCGAGUUGGAAAACCUGGCCAUCCCCAAAAACGUCGCGAUGUGGAUGUCAAUCCGCAAUUAUGAACGGAAGUUGACCGAGAACACCCCGCAACUAGGCUACUUCAUCGCAGGCGGUACCGCAGGCGUCCAGAACGUCGCCGUCAUCGCCGCGAAGGAAGGGGCCCCUAUCGCUGCAACUGCCAACGCGUCGCGAACACUCGUUAUCGCCUUCCAAGAGCUCUGGCGAGCCGGUGGCCUUCGCAGCUUGUUUGCCGGCAAUGGGUUAAAUGUGGUCAAGGUUAUGCCAGAGUCGGCGAUCAAGUUCGGUGCAUAUGAAUCUGCAAAGCAAUUCUUUGCCCGACUUGAGGGGCACAACGACCCCAAGCGACUCCUGCCCACAUCUCAGUUCUUGUCUGGUGGUAUCGGCGGAAUGGUGGCCCAAUGCUUCGUUUAUCCCCUCGACACCCUCAAGUUCCGCAUGCAAUGUUCGACCGUUGGAGGUGGCCUGAGAGGCAACAAGCUGAUCGCCGCAACUGCAGCCAAAGUAUGGAACCAUAAUGGACUGUUCGGCUUUUUCCGCGGCCUACCUCUUGGUCUGGUUGGUAUGUUCCCUUAUGCAGCUAUCGACCUCACCACCUUUGAAUACCUGAAACGCGCCCUUCUCGCUCGCCAGGCUCGUCUCAGCCACUGCCACGAAGACGACAUCAACCUCGGCAACUUUCUGACAGGAGCAAUUGGAGCCCUCAGCGGUGGACUCAGUGCUUCGGUCGUCUACCCGCUUAACGUCCUCCGCACCCGCCUCCAAGCCCAAGGUACCGCUCUCCACCCGGCUACCUACGACAGCAUCGGUGACGUCCUGCGUAAAACCCUCGCGACCGAGGGCCCCCGCGGUCUAUACAAGGGCCUGACGCCCAACCUCCUCAAGGUUGCCCCAGCUGUCUCUAUAAGCUACGUGGUCUACGAGAACACGAAGCGCAUGCUGGGGCUGAAGUGA